UGCCGUUUUGCCCGCUUGCGACGCGUUGAGUAGAUAUUUCGUGCAUUUUGGGAAAGAUAGUUACGAGGUCGAAUUCUAGAUAUGUUCCAAUCUAGCCGGGGUGCAUGCUCAGUGGUCGCCACGCCAUCGGUUGACCUAGGUAUGCCUUGGUCGUCUGAUCUACUAAAGUUAUGCACGCCCUGCUCCGCAAAGUCGAAGCUCAAAUAUGCUGGCUGGUAUGCUUACCAGCCCCAUGUAUUCAUAGAGAUCUCAGCUAGGCAUGUUCUUUCUAAUCAGCGGAUAGUUUUUGGCUGGAGAGACUUUCGCAAACGGCGGGAUAUCUCCGCAAACCCCGUGGAAUUUCACCCUCAUCUAGGCUCUGGGCGUUUCUGGUUGUAGUUCACGAUGCUCGCUAAUUGUGCAGAGGCGCCAGUC